AUGAGCUUCGAUAGCUCGAGAGGCUACCGCAGCACCUUCGGCUACCGCACCGCAACCCCCUACCAGCAGCCUAUCGCCCACCGACAAGGGUACACGGAGACGCAACUCACGACGCGCCAGCACGGGGCCGUCAUCGUGGGCUGCUCCACAGCUUGCGCGUUCGUGACGGUGCCCAUUGCGAAGUUGGAUCGCUUUUAUUUUCUCAGCGACGUUCCUGGUGAGUCGGGCCGCAUUUACAUGUCUGAUAAGCGAGCACAGUUUUUUCGGGUGGUGUUUCACACGCGAUGGUGGCAGGGCCGCUCCGUUGUCUGGCUGGCAGCGGACUACGGCUUCCUGCUCGCCACCUUUGCCAUGCUGCGACACUGGUUGGAGACGGCGACGGUCACGGCCCAAUGGAACAGCCGCCGCCGCGGCUUUGUCGCUGGCGCUGUGACCGGUGCUCUGUACGCCACGAUGCGCCAUCCGUACGACGUGCUGCGUGCAACGGCAGAAGCCCUGGCGGGGCCACACCAGUUUCGCGGCGCCGCGGACGUCCUCGUCACGGCGCUGAGAGAGCGACCGCGGGUGCUACUUGGUAUGUAUCGCGGUUUCUCCGUCGCGGUGCUAAGUCGUUCGUUGCAGUUUGCUCUUCAGUUUGGCCUCUACAACUGGAUGCGUUACGACGGGGUCUACCGCCAUUCCAUGGUGUUGUUCCUUUACUGCCACCUCGCCACGUUUCUUGGCGUGAUGGCUCAGUACCCAGUGCACUCUCUGCGACAAGAACUGCGAGUCCUCAACGCCGCCACACGUGGGCAACCGCAGAGUUAUCGCUCACUCUUCCUCGAUCUGCGCCGGCGCCACGGCAUCACUAAGUUGUACGACGGCUUCUUUAGGAGUAAGCCAAUUCUGAACGCGGUUCCGAUGGCGUUGCUAAUGACCGCGUACGACAUGUGCACUCGGCGCUUCACAGAGUAUCUGCACCCCGAGGCGACGGCAGUGCCGACCCACACGCAGUCCUUCACGUCUGUUGCGGCCCCCCCAUACGUGACGCACCCGCCACCUUACGAAUUUGUGCGCAAAACCCCGUGA